GCCGCUGGGCCGGGCCGUGCCGUGCCGGGGCGGGGCCCGAGCCCCGCCCGGGGAAGGGGCGAGCUCGUGGCCCCAGACGAGCUUGUGACGUCUUCUCCUCUCCUGCCCGCAGGCUGCGAGCUGAAGGCGGACAAGGACUUCCACUUCAAAGUGAACGACGAAGAGAACGAGCACCAGCUGUCGCUGAGGACGGUUAGUUUGGGGGCUGGUGCCAAAGAUGAAUUGCAUGUCAUAGAAGCAGAGGCAUUGGACUACGAGGGGAACCCUAUUAAAGCCACUCUUGCAUCUUUGAAAAUGUCGGUGCAGCCUACGGUUUCUUUAGGUGGCUUUGAGAUCACUCCACCAGUGGUUUUGAGAUUGAAAUGUGGUUCAGGGCCUGUUUAUGUUAGUGGCCAGCACCUUGUAGCCCUAGAGGAAGAACCAGAGUCAGAUGAUGAGGAAGAUGAUGUGAAGAUGGUAAACCCUUUAAAAAGACCAGCAGGUGGUGCAACAGUGAAAACACCCCAGAAAAAAAUGAAAUUGUCAGAAGACGAUGAUGAGGAUGAAGAUGACGACGACGACGACGAUGAUGAUGAUGAUGAAGAUUUCUUUGAAGAUGAAGAAGAAGAGAAGACUCCAGUGAAGAAACCUGCCCGGGAUUCUUCAGCAAAAAAUAAGCAGAAAUCAAAACAGAAUGGAAAAGAUUCGAAGCCGUCCACACCAGCUAAAUCAAAUACACCGGCGUCUAAUAAAAAAGAAAAGAAACCGCCAACUCCAAAAUCGCCAAAAGGACCACUCUCACUGGAAGAGAUCAAAGCAAAAAUGCAGGCAACCCUAGAGAAGGGCACUACCCUUCCUAAACUGGAAGCCAAAUUUGUCAACUAUGUUAAGAAUUGUUUCAGGACACAGGACCAGAAGGUCAUUCAAGCUCUCUGGCAGUGGAGGCAGACUCUGUAAGAAAAGAAAACAGUUUAAACAGCUCAUUAAAAUCUGCAGUCUUAUUUCUGUAACCAUUAUUUGGCUGUCCUUUUUAACAAAUGCUGAAAGAACUUUCCCUACGGUGUCUGAUAAAUGUCGUCCAGAAUACUUUGCCAAGAAUGUGUUGUCCAAAAUGCCUGUUUAGUUUUCAGAGAUGGAACUCCACCCUUUGCUUAACGUCAAAUAUGUACGGAAUGUUUUGAUAAGGCAUAGUAGUGUGGUGGUGGUCAGACAAAUGGAAAUGGUGGGGCGACUAAAUGUACAUGUGAAAAUAAAAUUUAGUAUUUUGAUAAAGUA